GCGUGGGAGACAGUAAAAGAAAAGACACAUAACAUUGAAGAAGAAAAAGGUCUUGCAGAGAGCAGCAAGAUACGGUUAAAACUCUAUCAAAGCGGAUCAAACAUGUCAAACCAUCUCUCAUUAAAUUCAGAGGUUAGUAGACAAUCCAUUAAUGCUUGUUAGACAUUGUUUAGGUUUGAAUUAAAUGGACUUUAGGAUCAUGUACUUGGUUGUGUUAUAAUUAGGUAGAAUCAUUGACUUUCUUGGUUGGUUUAGUUUUAGGUAGAUACAUUGAUGACCAUUUACGCGUAACACCUACUAAACUCUCAUUAAGUUUGUUUUAAAAAGCGACCAAAUCUCCCUUUCUCAUUUCAUAUCUUUUCUCUUUUGAUAUUUCUUUUCACAAAACAGAAGAAGCUCUCUUUCUCUUUUGUUAAUUCCUUCUCCUUCGUUAAUUCCUUCCUCAUUUCAUAUCUCUUCUCUUUUGAUAGGAUCCAUUUAGUGAACCUUGUAGCUUUCAAACACUCUUAAACAAUCAGCAACCAAACACCUUCUUCUCUUUUGUUAGUCGUGAACCUAGUAUUGAAGUCUCUGCCUCGGAUGCGUCUGUCUUUGGUACUGGAUGGCUUGAUGAUGCAAACGAAGAGUGCCACAUCGUGUCUGACCGUAAAGAAAGGCGGAAAUGGUCACCAACUGAAGACAAGGUGCUCAUCAGUGCUUGGUUGAACACCUCCAAAGAUCCUGUCGUGGGAAAUGAGCAGAAAGCAAUUGUGUUUUGGAAACGAAUUGCUGCUUAUUUUGGUUCAAGUCCACAGCUUGCUGCUUUGCAAAAGAGAGAGCCAUCUCACUGUAAACAAAGGUGGGAGAAGAUCAAUGAGGGCGUGUGCAAGUUUAUAGGCUGCUAUGAUGCUGCAACAAAACAAAAAUCCAGUGGCCAGAGUGAGAAUGAUGUUUUGAAGAUGGCCCAUGAAAUAUUCUUCAAUGAUUACAAGAGCAAGUUCACACUUGAGCAUGGAUGGUUGGAGAUUAGGCAUGAUCAUAAGUGGUGUGGAGGUCUGCCGAGUAAAGAGAAUGUGAACUCUAAGAGGAGAAAGCUUGACCAUUCAGCAUAGUCAUCAACGUCAGUGCCAUGUAGCCUUGGAGAAGAUGAAUCAAUGCUUUUGUAUGAUAGGCAAGUUAGUUUGUUUCUCUAUAUUACGAGUCUGUAUGCAUUUGCUUUUGCUGUCUUCUUAUGUAUCUCGAGUCUGUAUAAUGACUUGUUUGAAUGUAUAAUAUUUCCACAGAUUGAUAAAUUAGUUCUUGCAAGGCUUUGUAUCACGGAUAACUAUAUUAGCUGGUUACGUCUCUUACUCAAUGUUUGGUGUGUUUUGUUAACGUUUUCUCUUUGGCUAAUUGCAGUAGCACAGUACAAGACAUGACUUUUUUAAACCGUGGAAUAAGCUUGAAUCUAGUUGACUCUGUGGAAACAGAGAUUCAGGUGAAGUGUUGGCCGAGUCUCUUAUGGCCAAUAUCUGCUAUCUUCGGACAAGAAGACAACUUGUGACAACAAUAAAGUCAGUAGCAUGUGACGCAAACAAACACCAAAAGAAAAAGAAGAAGUCAGUAGCAUGUGACACAAACAAACACCAAAAGAAAAAGAAGCAGUCGUUGCAUAUGACGCCCAAGUGCCAUACGUUUCUUAUUUUUUCCUUUAUAAUGACUUGAUGUUAUCAAAAACAUAUUGUGCCUUCCGAGUGUAAUUGAUAGUCCGAGUGUAAAUCAUAUUGUCCUACUUUAUAAUGACUUGAUGUUACCAUUUCUCUCUUACCAUUUUCCAAUCAAAGAGUUGAGUUACUUUGUCUCUCUUACCAUUUCUCUCUUACCAUUUCUCUUCAAAAUGGCUUCUUCUUCUUCUUGUCAUAAUCUUGAAGACAUGAUAGAUGAAACAUUUGAUCAACUUUUCGAUCAACAAUUCAAACAACUUUACGUUCAAGGUCAAGAAGCAUCAACGUAAAAAAAAAAGAGCCUACAUUGAAAGACAACGAGAACAAGGACACGAGUAGUUAUGGAACUAUUAUUUUAGUGAAGAUGCAACGUAUCCUUCUCACAUGUUUCGACGCAGUUUUAGAAUGAACAAGCCCUUGUUCAUGCGUAUUGUUGAUCGACUCUCCGCUGAAAUCCCAUACUUUCAACAAAGAAGAGAUGCUACGGGAAGGUUUAGUCACUCUCCAUUACAAAAGGCAACGGCAGCAAUUCGUAUAAUGGCAUAUGGUUGCCCAGCUGAUGUGGUCGACGAAUACCUCCGACUUGGUGAGACCACCGCGCUUUUAUGCUUGAAACAUUUUGUUCAACGAAUCAUAAAUUUAUUUGGAGAUGAGUAUCUAAGAAGACCCACGCCAGAAGAUCUUCAACGACUACUCGAUAUUGGAGAGAUACGCGGAUUUCCCGAGAUGAUAGGAAGCAUCGAUUGUAUGCAUUGGGAGUGGAAGAAUUGUCCGACCGCAUGGAAAGGUCAAUAUACACGUGGAUCAGGAAAGCCAACUAUUGUUUUAGAGGCUGUAGCUUCACAAGAUCUCUGGAUAUGUCAUGCGUUUUUCGGACCUCCAGGUACAUUAAACGAUAUUAAUGUUCUUGAUCGAUCACCGGUUUUUGAUGGUAUAUUACAAAGUCGAGCUCCAAAAGUUAAUUACAUUGUCAACGGACAUGAGUACCAUUUGGCUUACUAUCUCACAGAUGAUAUUUAUCCAAAAUGGGUUACUUUUGUCCAAUCUAUUCCACUCCCGCAAGGUCUGAAAGCAUCCUUAUUCGCUACACAUCAAGAAGCUGUAUGUAAAGAUGUCGAGCGUGCUUUUUGGGUCUUACAAGCUCGAUUUGCCAUAGUAAAAAAUCCAGCUCUUUUGUGGGAUAAAAUAAAAAUUGGAAAGAUAAUGAGAGCAUGUAUCAUUCUACAUAAUAUGAUCGUAGAAGACGAACGAGAUGAGUACACUCAGUUUGAUGUAUCAGUUUUCGCACAACCAGAAUCAAACCGAAGUUCACAAGUGGAUUUCACGUAUUCUACAGAUAUGCCUUCAAAACUCGGCAAUAUGAUGAGCAUUCGGAAUCGAGUUCGUGAUAAUACAAUACAUCAACAAUUGAAAGCGGAUUUGGUUGAGCAUAUAUGACAAAAAUUUGGAACAAUCAAGAUUUCAACUAAUCGGUUUUUUCUCGUUUACGAUUUGUAUUUGUAUUUUUAAUAUGCUUUUAUGUCAUUUUUAUUAAGAAUUUUAAUGUAUGAUUUUAUUUUUAAUCAUUCUAUUUAAAAAUGAAUUAUUUAAGAACCCCUUGGGGUUCUCCCAUUGGGAGAGGAAUACAUAAUUUCCUCAAACAAAGGUUCUUUAACUACUCAAAUCACUUUAUUAAAUAUUAAUUUACUCCUAAAAACCCAUUAGAGGUUCUAAUGGAUGGACUUGCUCUUAACGAUCCCGAAUUACAUAGUUAUGUGUUCUCACACUUUCUCUUACAAGUGUUUUUAACCGCUUGCUUAAACUUUAAAUUUUAGUUUACCAUGUAAUUAAUUAUGAUCAGUGCCAUUGUGUGAUUCCUUUUUCUUAAAUAUCUUAACUUGAAUUAACUAAAUGUUUAAAAGGAAAUUCGUUUUUUAUAAAAAAUAUACAAAAUGUCAGAAUAUGAACUACACAUCAUACAUGCAUGGUUGCAUGGCAUGUAGACGCGGAAACUUGUCACUCCUCCACAUUUGAGAUUCCAACACCUAAUCGCUACAAAAACCUUAUAGAUUCUCCCUUUCUCACAAACAAACAAACACAUUCAUGCAAUGUUACACGUGAUCUCCAUGCAGAACAUCUUUCACGCCUAUAAAUACCAACCAACACUCCACUUCCCUCUUCACUCAAACCAAAACAAGCAAAAAACAUACACACAAAUAGCAAAUGGCCAACAAGCUCUUUCUCGUCUCGGCGACUCUCGCCCUCUUCUUCCUUCUCACCAAUGCCUCCAUCUACCGAACGGUCGUAGAAGUCGAGGAAG